GCCGGUCUUUGUCGGCGCUGGCCGGGGCGAGAGGGGAAGACGCAGCUGCAGGUGGCGGGCCGACCUGUCAGCCGGCAAAAUGUAGCGGUCUGUGCCUGAGCGCGUCUGGACUCCAGUUGCGAAUAUGGAGUCCUAUGAGGGGGAUCCAUAUCUGGGACAGGACGUAUAUCAGGGCAUCGAUUUCACUCUGCUUGAUCGGCAGGACGGAAGCAUAGCAUCCACGCCGGAAGGCACGCCAUCGCUUCUUCCAGAUUCCGGUUUUGGCGCCUUUGACUUAUUUGACGGUGGGAACUUGGAUGCGGAGGUCGGCGGCUUUAUCAGAAAUGGAGAGGUCUCCACGCCUAACCUGCAGACUGGCGCGUCGAAAGACGACAACAGGUUGGGCUCAGAGACCGCGGCGAAUGGGAUCGGAGGCGAGACAAUAUCCAAGGAUAGGAAGGACAGCAAGAAGGGGUACAUGAAGUGCAAGAACGAUGGCUGCAAGGGAAGGGGGAAUCAGUCGUGUUUGCGGCUAUUGUGUAGGGUAUGCUGUGGCAAGUUGGCCUUGGAUUGCAAAGCUCAUGCAACCAAAGUGCAGUUGAAGGCAGCAGGAGACCCGGGCUUCACGUCUGGUGGCAAUGAGGCGUCCAGUGUGUCAUCACGGGGCAACUCAGGUCUGGGAAUUGACCUCCCACACGUUGAGUCAAAUACUGUUCGUAGUGAUCAAGUGAGACAGGCAUUCUCAGGAAAUUGUGCAGAGGUGUCGUCUGACGCACAAUUGGGGAAUGGUAUGCAGCAGUGUUUGAAUGGGAGCUUGUUAAGGGAAGGAGGCGGAGAGCAUCUCCAGGGCAGUGAGAAAGAGCAACAUUUGCGAUUGAAAGAAGUGGAGAGUGCCCUACUUCAGCGGCAGCACUUGCAAGCCUAUCGGUAUCAUCAAGCCCACCAACCGCCACCAGUAUUGGAUCACCAGCAGCAACAGCAGCAGCAGCAGCAGCAGCAGCAGCAGCAGCAGCAGCAGCAACAACAGCAGCAGCAGCAGCAGCAACAGCAGCAGCAGCAGCAGCAACAGCAGCAGCAGCAGCAGCAACAGCAGCAGCAGCAGCAACAGCAGCAGCAGCAGCAACAGCAGCAACAGCAUAGGCAGCAACUACUACAACUCCAGCUUGGUGGUCCUCUUGGCGGUGUUGCAAACAGCAUGAACUUAUUACGCCAAAUGGAGAACGCACAGAUGUGGGCAGGGGGAAAUCAUCUUGGUCUGUCCCCACAAUGGCCUGGUUCCUUAGAUUUUGCUGACAGGGGCUGGCUGGGAUCCCAGGUUGCUGCAUUAAACCAGCCAGGGCGAGUGGGUCUUGGUCCUCAGCCGGGAUUUGCCAUGCCGCCUCAAGCUCACACUCACACACAUGCGCAGGUACAGGCACAAGUUCAGGCGCAGGUUCAAGCACGGAUGCAAGCAGCGCAGGUCCAAGCGCAGGUCCAGGCGCAGGUGCAGGCGCAGGCACAAGCAGCACAGGCUCAGGUGCAUGCGCAGGAACAUGCACAGGCACAGGGUUACGGUGGACCGGUGCAAAGACUCUUUGGCGCAGGCAUUGAACCUCCUCCCAGAAGGUUCGAUCUGAACGGAAUUACACCUCUGAGUGCAGGCGCUAUGGGUGCGGACAAUGCAAGGCCUGGUCUUGGGCUUCAAGGUCUGAACUUCGGAUUUGAAGGCACUUCCUUGCCAGGUACCAACCAUGUGGGAAGCCGCUUUCCCUUGCAGGUACCAUCGGGUGCUGGACUGCUCAAUCAGGGAUUGGGAUUUGACAUUGCUGGUGGGGUUGACGUUGGGAUGCUGCCUACGGGGGGCAAUUCUGCAAAUCUUGAAAAUGCGGUUGCUGUGCGCAACCAUGCCAGGAUGCAAUCCGCAAUGGAUUUUGAAAGCCUUUUUGGUGGAAGGACAGGAAAUAACUCUCAAGAAGUGGUUGGAUUGGGUUGUGGGCAAAAUCGGGGGCAACAGUUCUUAGGAAGUGUGGGAAGCAAUACUGCACCACCUGCGUUUGGCACAGCAAAGGACAAUCUUACUGGAGCUGCUGCUACACAAGCUCCGAAAGGGCUUUUUGAUGGGCGGAUUGUGGGGCAAAUUCAACGCAUGGAUGGGGCAGAUUUGACGUUGACACAGCAGGCGUUCAUGGAGAAUGCAUUUCAAGUGGAUGACAGGAAUGUCCAUGCUGGAGAGCUGAGUAGACAGCCGCGAAACUAUCCUGGGCCAGCAUCAGCUGUUCCACGGAUGCCUCAGCCUUCUCCACAACCAGUACGGAACUGGAUGCAGAGGCGGCCCCAGGAACCACAGCAUGGAACUGAGCAGACGGAACAUCACCAGCGGCAACAACAGCAGCAAAUGGACCAGGAGAGCCAACAUGGUGUUGGCAGGAGUCGACCAAGGGGUCUUCUUGACAUGAACUCUAGCCAGCAAGGUGUUUAUAAACGGUCGGGUAUUCUUCAGGGCGGUGGUGGCGUUGUCAAUCAGAUCGUGGAGAAGUCAGAUCCACCUUGGUUCCCCAACCCCGGUUCAUGGCCCACCAACAACUCAAUUGAGGCGCUUUCGACGGAAAGGAUGAACCUUGGAGGAACUAGUAUGAUUGAUGUCAUGACUGGGUUGCAGCUACCGGCAGAACCGAACUGUGAUCAGAGGGGCAACAUGGGGGUUGACCGCCUGGGGCUUGAGCAAGGGCUGGGUCUUAAAGUUCGGCCUGAGGCAGAGAGGAUGGGAGUGCGGCUUCCAGUGCACAGGAUAGCGGAGCAGAGAUUGGAUGAGAGACUUGGAUUGGAUAGCCUCUGUAAGAGGCCUGAGGUUGGGACAUUCUCUCAGCCAAGGGGUGUGGAGGACAUAUUCGGCGGGGUGGCCAUGGGAAAGAUCCCAGCGCAGGUUGAGAAGCCCACCCCCCGCACUGGUUUUGGCAGGUCGCUCCUCAAUGACCUUCAGCUGAGGCAAUCUGGAGUAGAUAAGUUGCCAAACGAGUCUCUUUUUGGGUCUCAGGUGGGCCCACGGCCUGCACAGGAGAGUUUCAUGACAAGUUCAGGUGGUGCCUUGGAGGAAGAUGCUCGUCCCAUGCGGUUGGCCUCAGUAUCACCUCUUUCACGUGAUGACCGGGUACAGCACCGAACUGAGCAACAGGAGGCCGUUCUGGACGGUAAGGGGAGUUGUGUGGACGGUGGGCUGAGUUGCUUCAAUUCUCGUUUUGAGGACAGCCGGCUGGAGUUGAACAACCUCUUAGCAUCAACUGGGAGACAAGCAGAGCAUGAUGUUUUGGAGGGAUGGAGGCAGGAAAGACCACCAGAAGAGCGGGCAGAAAGUUCACAAGUGAUGCCAGGGCAGAAUCUUGGACAAUCUUUGGCAAUCUGUGGUCCAGAGCCUACGGCUGCAGUGCAGGGCACGAUGCCAACAAGGUUGGACGGUACCAGGCCGAGAUCUAUUGAGGAGACAUUUAGUGGUGGAAACCUCGGGAGCACGGCUCCUUCCAGCUUGGGUGACCUUUGGCCGGCAGGAGGCAACCAAGGGUUUGGUGUACCACAUGCCCGUGAGCACGACGACAAGAGAGACCUCGGUGCUGGAAAGGAAUCAGAUCUUGGGGAGUCGUUGCCAGAUCUGGACACUGGGAUGAACAGUGAUGGGGAUGAUGACGAUUCAGACCUGGAUGACGAUGACAAUGAUGAUGAUGAUGAUGACGACGAUGACUAUGGGGAACCAGACCCGGAUCUUCUUUCAUCAGCCGGGUUUCUCCAGGAGGGAAAAGAUGCAAAUGCUGGAUUCUUGCUUGGUCCCGUGGAGACAGGAGCGCCCAGCGAUUUGCAGCUCUCUCGGCGGAGGGACAAGUUGGGCAUUGAGCUUCAAGAUGAAAAGGAUGUCUGGGACUCACCAAUGAGGCAGCAAGAUGCAAUAGGCCCAGGAUCUGGCAAGGAUGCCCUGAUGCACAGCUCAGGACAACUGCCUUUGAGCUGUGUUGCCAACCAGCAGCAGGGUGCUUUUGGAGCUGGGGGACCAGACACGUUAAUGCUUGUGCAACGAAGCCCAGGUCGUGAGGUGGCAACGUCUUUGGCGAGCGGUCAUCUUUCCCCGUCGCCUCUUGAAGGACAAACUUCGGCCAGUGACAUUUCCCCUGGGCUGAGCGCAUUGCAGUCUUUACAGGUGCAGAGGCCACAGUCUCACAUGCAGCAGGGUUCACAGAAUCUGUCCCGGUCAGCAAACUUGAGUGAAGUGAAUCAACGCGAUGCCCAAGUCGAUAUGAUUGGCUCCGGACUUUUUGAGGGGCCAUCCUUUGCUCUGCAAGAGGGUUUGCAGACUCAGGGUAAUGGCCGAAGGGGUGUGAAUGAUGAUCAUAAUGCGGACCAAGGCAGACAAUCAGGUUCCAAGGACAGAGAAGGACUAGAGCAGCUGCAGCAGGCCAUGUCUACGGAAACAGUUUCUCACGCAGGUAUUACUCAGACCGGAGCUGUACAGAUUCCCUGGUCACAGAGGGCAGACAGUCGAGGUGAAGAAAACGGGGAGACACUGGAUCUUGCACAGCAGUGGAGAGCGAAUAUGAAAGUGGCUUCUCAGAAUGAUCAACGGGAACAGAACGAUAAUCUUCCUAUUGAGUUCUGGAAACAUCAACACCGCCAUCCUCAGCAAGAGAUGGAGUGGAGGCUGCAGUACCAGCAAAUGGAGGAGGCAAGAGCCAAGGAGCUACAGCAACAGCGCCUUCUUCAGCAAAGCCGACUGCAGGAGCAGCAGCAACAGAUGCAGGAACAGCUGCAGCAGAAAAGAAUGCAAGAAACGCUGGAACAGCAGCAGCAGCUUCAGCUUCAGCUUCAGCUUCAGCAGCGGCUGCAGCAGCAGCAGUCUCAGCAGCAGCCCCCGCAGCAGCUGCCGCCGUCGCAGCAGCAGCAGCAGUUUGGCGACGAAGAGGAGCACAGGGUGCAGCAGGGGCAGCAACAGACCCAAGAGCUAGGUCACCAGAGAAGGCAAAGGGAGACCCAGGAAAUGCAGCGGCAGCAGCACCAGCAGCACCUGCAGCAGCUAGAAGAACAUCGAAGACAGCAGCAGCAGGUUGAACACCAGAGGCACCAGGCACGUAUGCAAGAGCAGCAGAGACGGACACAUAUUGAACUUCAGCAGAGACACCAGCAGGAGUUAGCACUACUUGAAAGGCAACGCAAUAUGCACCUUCACGGGCAGCAGCAGAAGCAAUCAGGCCAGCUGCAGCAGCAGCAUUUUGGAUUAACAAGACAGCAGCCACAGGACAAAAGUGCUUUGUUGCAGAGGCAUACUCAGCUGCAACUACAGCAGCAGCAGCAGCAGUUGCGGCCAUCAAGACUGCAGCAGAUGGAGUUGGAUUUACUUCAAGAAAAUGCUGUUCAACAUCUACAGCAGCCUAUAGACUGUCUGCCAGAUGUGUCCCUUGGCGUGAAAGAGAAAUCCCGAAAUUCCUGGCAGAAUGAGAGGCACAACUGGGGCCACCUUGAUGCAUUGGCUGCUGAGGCCAACGUUCAACAGAGGCAUCAUCAUCAUCAUCAGCAGCAGCAGCAGCUUAAAUUGAAGGUCGAGAACAUGGAGCAGCAUAACGAUGUUGAGAGGUACAAGCGGCAUCACGAACUUAUGGCAAUGCGGUGGCGCGUGCAGCAAAUGAGGCAACAACAACGAUUACAGAAUCCGUGUGAGCAGCAGCAGCAGCAGCAGCAGCAGCAGCAGCUGCAGCUGAAACAACUGCCCUUGGGGCUGCAGCAGGAUCGAAGACAAAUGUUCUACAAUCAACAACGAGCUGUUGGGCAAGUUCACCUGUUGCAGCCACCUGGGCAGCCUAGUCCAGUGCAGGCUCAGCCUCAAAACCCACUUCACAGGAACUCUAUCCAAUUUCCACAAAUGGGUCAGUCACAUGCUGUGCCAUCAUCCCAAUUUGUGCAGAUGGGACAGGUAUCAGCACAUCCACAACUUAAACAGCGGGAAUCACAGCCACUGGAUCUGCUCCAUUCUCGGCAAGCUAUGGCAGGGCUAGGCAAUUUGCCCAAGUCGUUGUCGCCUGACAUUCUUUCAGGGCUUGAUCAAGGCAGGUCAGCAGAAGCAGAAUCAUCAGAAAUUCCUGAAGGUGCUGACUUAGCAAAUGUGUAUAAACCGGCUGUGCCACCUUUGACUACAAAUCAGAAUAUGCCUUCAACUUCACUUGAGCUGGAUAAGAAGCUUACUUCUGCUUCACCGUCUCCAUCUCAGUCUCUCCCGAAUUGGCAGCAGGACAAAGAGCCGUCAAAUGAGGUCUCAGAGUCACCCUCAAAGGGUGUGGGGGAGCCAGCGGCAGUGCCAACACAGCUAGUUCAGGCAACUCAUACUGCGUCAUCCUCGCAGCCCGGCACUCCGAAUGGGAGUGACAGUCCUUACAACAUAACCAGCAGUGGCCACACUGUGGUCAAUUCAGGGAACAUGCUUCAGCAGGCUACCAGCCAGCCUCCAAAGUCUACAAAAGUUGUGGCAAAUGUGCAGAAAAGACGAUAUAAUAGAGCACAGAACUCUAGGUAUAGUAAAAGAAACCUUGAGCCGUUAUCUGGAGGAUCUAUCCCUGGUGUGCGGAAGCAGACAGAGAGCCUGAACAGAUUCUCAGAGGUUGGGCCUCGUGGGGAAGACAAGCAGCCAGCUGUUUUGCGAGAAGUGGGUCAGAAUGCUGCUGAUGUGCAAGGCUCUGCUACUCUGACAGGGAAACAGCGUGUGGGAGAUGCUCAUAUCAAUCAUGCACCACAGAUCCCAGUAACGCCAGAAGGUUCUCAGCCUGAUCUGGAGGGUACAGAUGCAGGACCGGCACAAGUAAAGGCACUGUCUAAGCCUGUGCACAAGCAUCAUUUUCCAGAGGAGCUUCCGUUAAUGACUCCAAGUUGUCCAAAUGAUCUUGAGUCAAAGAACAGGUUGGCUAUGCAUAUUCCUUGUGUCUCAGGUGCGUCAAGAUCACUUGCUGGUAUACCAGCAGGUGCCAGCCGUUUACAGCAAGAUAUGUCACUGCUUGGACAGAAUCAGAAGAGGUUGGCUGCACAGAUGCUGCAGCAGGGUAUCUUUUCAGCUGCGGCUGCCGUGGCAGCAGUUACGGCAGGCCAGAUUGGGAAGGGGACUGUUCAAAUGCCCGCAUCUGCUCAUGAGCUGACUACACCAGGCCGGAGCCCUCCCUCACAGCUAAUGCUUCAACAUGGCCAGACGGUGCUGCAGCAGCAGAAUCAGGACUUGCAUGGUAGCUUGCUUGCCGGUCAUCAGCAUGCUGCUGAGCAGACAGGGCAAAUGAUCAGUCAACAGAUGGGUGGUGACUCAUCUUCCCGUCCACCCCAACAGCACCAGCCUCAAGGCUUUCAGUUUCAUUCACCUCCAUCAACUUCAUCGAAGGUGGAGCCAGUGAGAUCCUUUGGUGUUCAGGAUGGCCCUCAACUGCCCUCAACAGUGAAUCAGCCCAGCUUCAAAGGGCAUGAUCAGGGUGGAAUGCCAGGAAUUGGGAGGGCAGGAAAGUUGCAUGGACAGAGCCGAUCAAUGCACGGACAGCAAACAAGGCUUCGUGAGGGCAGGAGACGGUCGGUUUUACAGCCUCAUCAUCAUCAUCCGUUGAGUUCUGGUAAUAAAUCGUCACAGGGCUCGGAAAUGCAACCUGGUGCAGCUGCUGCUCCUGUGUUUAUGAAGAAUGUUUUCCCAAACCAACAGUCUCAAGCAGCAAUUGCUGGUCAACCAUUUGUGUUUGGAAUGCAGUCUGGUGGGUCAUCCAAGGUGGCAGAAGCUGGUGUUGGAGGUGCUGUGCCAUCUUUGCCUGUGACUGAGGCCACAGCGGGCAGGGAGGCAUGCGCUUUUCAGCGGGUGGAGAACGGUUCUGGAAUGCUCAGUUUCGAUGAGAGGCUGGGGUCUAGGGACGUCAGUGGGCUUCAUCCUGCUGUAUCAGCACGAGAGCAUGCUGUGAAGAAGGGAGAGAGAUGUGGAAAAACAUGUUGGCGGGAGUCAUGUUUAGUACGCAGAGAAUUGCUGAGCCUGAGGGCAGCUGAACUGAAGUGGGCAGAAGCCUGUGGGAGGAUUCCUGAGAAGGAGGUGCGUCCUGCUGAUGAGUUUGAUGAUGGUGAUCGAAGUGAGAAAGCUAUAAUGUUCCGGGCGAAGAGACGUCUACGGGAGAGCACCCAGAUGAUGCAGCAACUGUUUCAGCCAUUGCCCUCACCUCUGGGUUCAUCCAAGUUGGUGGAGGAUCGGGAGUGUGCUGUUUACCUGUUUGCAAAGAUCAGUGUGGAAGAGAUCAACGGGAUGUGUCAUAGUCUUAAAGAUGCUGAGGCCACUUAUCAAGCAAAGCGAACAACACGGCUGGUGAACAUCCUGCGGAAGGGAACUGCAUCACGGAAGUCACCCCUGAGUGAAGCCAUUGUUGAGGACUGUACCCUUAGCGGUGAAAUUGCAGCAGCUCCAUUUGCUGAAAGAGGAGAAACAGGGAACGAUGCGAAGGACGAGCUGCAUCCAUCAGUCAAGAAGGCAUUCCGCGCACGGUGUUAUGCAUUCCAGAAACGCUUGGAAAGGUUGCAAUCCUCGUCAACAAUAUCUGAAAUAAUGGGGAAGGUAGACGAAGUUGAGCAGUUGCGAAUUGAAGAGAGCCUGUGGCAUCGUGGUGAUGGUGAGCACCAGCAGCAGCAGCAGCAGCAGCUUCUUGAUGACAGAGUGCUGUUAAGAGGACUACAGGAAGGUGUUCUUGCAACUGGUGGAGAUGGACAUGUGAGUCCUGCCUCGCGUGCUGAAGAACGACCUGUUGUGGGCCAUGCGGAAGAGGCGGGUGCGUCUUCAGGUGGCAAGGUUGCGAGUGAUGGUAUUCCCAGUGUUGCGGAGGGCAGUGCUGAUGCAGAUGGGCUCCGCAGGCAGAUCCCUGAGGACGCAAGUGGGCAUGUUGCGCGUGUUCCCCUUUCUUCAGAUUCAAAUUGUCUAAACUCGCAUCGCGGAGAUGGUGCGAGUGCUUCCUUGGAAGGCGUCGGCGUUGUGUUGAAUGCGAUCGUAAGAUGUAGGCAUAGGACGAACAUGAACCAGGUCGAUGAAUUUCAUAACGCGGAAGGCGAGCAGGACGGCCCCUGCGAGGAGUGCAGAAAAGAUGGUGUUCAUACGGAGGGGGGUGAAGGUGGUGUCCGCAAAAAGGAUCCGGUAAGAACAAGGGAGGUAUCAGCGUCGUCAGAGGCAAAGAGACAGCUUGAUGAAAGGGAGAGAAGGGGAUGGGGAAGUGGUAGGCUAGAUGAGCGCCCGCUGCAGAGGCUAAGGUCGGAGCAUUUGCCCCUGCACUGGUUGUCAAAAGGACUUCGUUGUGCUUCCUUAUGACAAGAAGACAUUUUUCGCACAUGCUGGACCCCCUGAUUUGGGUACGGCGGUUUGUUGCCUUGUGGUCCGCAUUUCAUUUUCAUUUUGCUUUUUCAUUUUCAUUGUCAUUGCACACCGCAAAUCCUUUCACCUGUUAACCUUUGGAAGUUGUUUGUGUCGAUAGGUUAAUUUCAUUGGGUGCGCUUCUGUUUUUUCUCCAUCGGAUGGUGAUUUGGAGCUGUAGUCGCCAUCCUCGUCGACGCCAGGUAAAGUUGCUCUAGCGUGUGUCAUAAGUACUUCAUGGAUGCAUCCCCCCCCCCCUUGUUUGAUUGCCUUUUCAGCUGAUUUCUGCAGCUACAGCUGGUGCUCCAUUUUAUGGUCUUGGGCUUCCUACCAUUCUGUGUUUAUUGGAUGAUGCUCAUCAACAAACCCGAUUGCGUGGUCGUGCCACCUGCUGUGUUUCCCUACUUUCCCUCUGGUGAUCGGCUUUCAUGCCUUUUCAAUCGCCAUAGAUACCGAUUGAUUUGACAGUUCAAAGUGUGCAGCGGAUUUGGCGCCCCGGAGACCAAUCUGCUCUGUAUCCUUGUUGUUCGCUCGGACUAUCCCUUGUUGCUAGGGCCUGGUAGUGAAGGACAUUUUGAGUUGUUAGAGUUUUCGUUUCAGCGGGGGAAGGGGGAGGGGGGGGAGGGGGAAAGGGAAACGGCUGAGGGAGCACACUUCUUAUCCUUUGCGAGCCUUUUGUAGAGCGUUGUACAAGUCAUCGUGUCCUCUUUGAGGUUGAUUAAUCGCCCUCUUUUUUAUGGGGCGCCUGUCUUCUCCUUUGAGGACUUUGGCCUUCUGCCCCCAUGUUGUGUAUUUCCAGUAUGAAACUUGUGAAUGCUUGUUGAAUUAUUCAGUCAACGUUGUGACGUACACCCAAUAAAAAGAACACAGGACU